CGGUUCAACCCAAAAGUGCUUUAAUUGCCAAUGAAAGAGAGUGCGAUGAAUCUCGUUCGAUAUCCCAUUGAUAGUAUUUUACUGUGCCAUGAACAUGCUGCAACCAAGGAGCCCGCAUGGUGUUCACUGUUCACUCUGACUUCAGACUUUCAGGCCGUUCUUUGCGGUCGGCAGAGAAGAAGGUAGUCUUGGUCAGUUCACUUUCGGUGGUGAAAUCGUGAAGACCUCUUGUUCUCGAAGACGAUUCUUGACGAGAAAAGGGAAGAUAAAUAGGCGGGAGAAAAGACACGACAUGUGAAAAAUCUGUGAUUGCGGCCAGCAAGUUGACGAGUGGUAGAAGAGGGGUUGGAGUUGCUUUGGUCGAUCGGAGCGUUUGUACUUGUAAUCGCUUAAUAAUUAUUAUCUUUUCCCUUGGCACGUUCGAGAAUUCAUGCGUUCGUGCGCAAGAGUGUGAGAUAAACGCAAUUGAUGGCAAUUUAGCACGGAGCGUUGGUGAAAGUUCUUUUCUCUAUCAUCUUCAUCGUGCCUUCAACUCGGAAUAUGACCAAAGGAAUUUUAUUGGUGUGCUUGAGUAUCACUUGCUGGAUCUGGAACCCCAGUGUGGCUCACGUGAAAAGCAUCUUGGGGCAUGACGUACACCCACCAGAGUCCCUCACGGCUCAGUACUAUGAGCAACACAAACAUGACGGGGAUGUGACGCCCACUUGCGCCGGGAACGCCAGCCAUCCCAACGGAGCCACCAAGUUCUGUCUGCAUGAUCAUGAAUACCCGAUCUCGCAAAUCGAGCACGCCAUCAAAUACCAUUAUCACGCAGUGGCAUCCAUUUAUAAGGAUGUGAUAUUGAACACGGAUCUAUCGGUGGAUCACUUGGCCACACUUGAGCAGGAGCACUUCUUGUGCCCAUCACAUGUGGAAUACACUCGACCUUUGAGGGCAAUCAAUACCCAUGGAAAGUGGAGCAUUAUCGUUAAUAAUAUCCCAGCCUCAUAUGAUCACUUGACCCAAACCGUUCGCAUUGAGAAAUGCAAAUUUGAGCACUAUCCGUGUCCUCUCCUUCCAGCUUGUUACGAGAGUAAAUGCGUUCAGAAAUACACCUAUCAUCGCUUCUUGGUGUACAACCCCAAAGAUUACUACUAUCCAUUCCGAGUGGAGACCUUCAAGUUGCCAUCCUCUUGCGAUUGUAUCGCCUCCGAAUACAACUAUCACGACCACUUGAACUCGAAGAACCCGUAUACCGGUUCCAAAACCGUGAAACAAUAUCACGCGCCCGAACCUGUGCAAAUCAUCCAGGACUAUGUCAAGAAGGAGAUCAUCAGCCCCAUCUAUUACCCAAAGACAGAUCAAAGCAGUUCCAAUUUCAACAAAAACGGUCCUCCACAUUACGUGGAUAAAACCUUGGGUUGAGAUCCCAAUCAGAUCUGUCUGGAGGAGUGGAGAACAACACGUGGUUGGUUGCUUUGAUUUGCGGACGUCUCAUAGUCUUCAACAUGACCAUAACAUGAAAAUGUGCAAUAUGAAUAUAUAAUAGAGCCCUUAAGUGCAGCUCUUGGGAUGAACUGCUAAUUCUCUACCACGAUUUACUUUUCUUUCGCUUCAAAACACUUUUGUCUUUUGAGCGUUAUUGUAGCUUGCAACGAAUGAGGUUUAAAAAAAAUGCGUUUCGUUUAGUGCAC